CGGGGGGCGCGCCGCGCCUCGCCCGCGUCCGCGUCCGCGUCCGCGAUGGGCCCGAAGCGGCGGCAGCUGACGUUCCGGGAGAAGUCGCGCAUCAUCCAGGAGGUGGAGGCGAACCCCGACCUGCGCAAGGGCGAGAUCGCGCGGCGCUUCAACAUCCCGCCGUCCACGCUGAGCACCAUCCUCAAGAACAAGCGCGCCAUCCUGGCGUCCGAGCGCAAGUACGGCGUGGCCUCCACCUGCCGCAAGACCAACAAGCUGUCGCCCUACGACAAGCUCGAGGGGCUGCUCAUCGCCUGGUUCCAGCAGAUCCGCGCGGCCGGGCUGCCCGUCAAGGGCAUCAUCCUCAAGGAGAAGGCGCUGCGCAUCGCCGAGGAGCUGGGCAUGGACGACUUCACGGCGUCCAACGGCUGGCUCGACCGCUUCCGCCGGCGCCACGGCGUGCUGUCCUGCGGGGGCGGCGCCCGCGCGCGCCCCGCCGCGCCCCGCACGCCCGCCGCCGCCCACGCGCCCGCCAGCCCGCCCGCCGCCGCCCCCCGGAGCGGGAGCGGGAGCGGGACCGGGAGCGGGAGCGGGAGAGAGGAGCCGCCGCCCGGGCCCGGCGCCGUGGCCGAGGGCUACGCCUCGCAGGACGUGUUCAGCGCCGUGGAGACCAGCCUGUGGUACGACCUGCUCGCCGACCCCGCGGCCGGGCUGGGCGGCGGGGGCAGCGGCACCGACGGGCGGGCGCGGGCCAGGGCCCGGGCCCGGGCGCGGCCGCGGCGGGCCACCCAGCGCCUGAGCGUCCUGCUGUGCGCCAACGCCGACGGCAGCGAGAAGCUGGCCCCGCUGGUGGCCGGCAAGUCGGCCAAGCCCCGCGCCGGCCAGGCCGGGCUGCCCUGCGACUACACCGCCAACGCCAAGGGCGGCGUGACCACGCAGGCCCUGGCCAAGUACCUCAAGGCGCUGGACGCGCGCAUGGCGGCCGAGUCGCGCCGCGUCCUGCUGCUGGCCGGCCGCCUGGCCGCGCAGGCCCUGGACACGUCGGGCCUGCGGCACGUGCAGCUGGCCUUCUUCCCGCCCGGCACGGUGCAGCCCCUGGAGCGCGGCGUGGUGCAGCAGGUGAAGGGCCACUACCGCCAGGCGCUGCUCUUCAAGGCCAUGGCCGCGCUGGAGGGCCAGGACCCCGCGGGCCUGCAGCUGGGCCUCAUGGAGGCCCUGCACUUCGUGGCGGCCGCCUGGCAGGCCGUGGAGCCCAGCCACAUCGCUGCCUGCUUUCGGGAGGCCGGCUUCGGGGGCGGCCCCAACACCACCAUCACCACGGCGCUCAAGAGCGAAGGGGAGGAAGAGGAAGAAGAGGAGGAGGAGGAGGAGGAAGAAGAGGAGGACGGGGAGGAGGAGGAAGAGGAGGAAGCAGGGGAGGAAGAGGAGGAAGAGGGCGAGGAAGAGGAGGAGGAGGAAGGGGGAGAUGGGGAAGAGCUGGGGGACGAGGAGGAGGAGGAGGAGGAGGUGGAAGAGGAGGGCAACGCGGAUGACAGCGAGGACGAGGAGGAGGACGACGACGAGGAAGAGGAGGAGGAGGAGGAGAGCUCCUCCGAGGGCUUGGAGGCGGAGGACUGGGCCCAGGGAGUCGUGGAGGCCGGAGGGAGCUUCGGGGGCUACGGUGCCCAGGAGGAGGCCCAGUGUCCCACGCUCCACUUUCUGGAAGGAGAGGAGGACUCAGAGUCAGACAGUGAGGAGGAGGAGGAGGACGACGACGACGAGGAUGAGGAGGACGACGACGAUGAGGACGGCGACGAGGUGCCCGUGCCCAGUUUCGGGGAGGCCAUGGCGUACUUCGCCAUGGUCAAGAGGUACCUGACCUCCUUCCCCAUCGAUGACCGCGUGCAGAGUCACAUCCUCCACCUGGAGCACGACCUCAUCCAUGUGACCAGGAAGAACCACGCUCGGCAGGCGGGGGUCCGGGCUCUGGGACAUCCGAGCUGAGCCCCAGGCCCGGUGCAGAGAGCCGUUCGUUCUGCAGCCCCGACUUGGAUGUGGCAGCCACAGCCCAGAGUAGAGGACUCCAGGCAGUCGCUGUGGGUGGAGUCAGAGCCAGGCACCCCAGAUCCUUAAGUCCCUUUGCCCCGGCCCCUCAACAGGCCCCGUUAACUCGGUCGGGCCAGGGUCAGCCACACUGCCUGCUUAUUGCCUCUUUCUCAGAAUCCUCCCUCCUCCCCAGUUGUCCCUGGGCUAAGGGGUCCAGGCGGGGAGGGUGGGGAGCUGUCCGGUGCUAGCACACCUUAUGUCCUUCGAUGGACUCAGCCAGCGCCCAGCCAGGGAUGGGCCCUGGCAGCUCCCGGCCAGAGAGUGCCUCUCCCCUCCGCCACCCUGCACCAGGUUGUUGGUGGGAGGGGACCCCAAAGCCAUUCUGGGAAGGGCUCCAGAGAACAUCCAGCCUAGGCUGGCAGCCCCUCCACUCCUGCCCCUUGGGCCACCUUGAGAAGCACAGUCUAACUGCAGGCUCCAAGCCUGCCCUCUGCCUGCUUCCCCACCUCCCCACGCCCUCUGGCCUAGUCCAUAUUUCUUUGGCUCUUGGUUUUCUCUUUCCAGAUUGGGGGUUCCCAAGAGGUCCUCCAGGGGAGUGAUAAUGGGUGCUUCCCUUGUGGGCAGCUGCAGGCCCCAUGCCUCUCCUCCCUCUCUGGCAGGGCCAUUCCUGGGCAGGGUGCCUGGGGCUGGGCCCAGAGUCCAGCUGUCCAGCUGCCCCUUUCCCAGUUUGAAUAAAGAAAUUCAAUAAAUCUGUCCACCCCCCCUUUGGUGGGGGUGAACAUUUUAACAGCC